AUGGAGGCUUCUGAGAAACGGUCUUCGCGCGGCAGCAACCUCAAUAAUAAUCAUAAUAACAACAACCAUAAUAGCCCUAAUGAGAUAUCACAAAGACGCCAAUCGAUGCCUGCUGCUGGGCCAGGAAGGAGACAGUCGCCCCGGGGACACAUCGCCCCAGCAUCGCCAGAGGUCAUCUCGUCUCUCAUCUCGUCGCUGUCUACCAUAUCGACCCCAGCUCGCACACACUUCGAGAGUCUGCCCCGGGUAGGCGGAUCGCAGACAGCUCCCCCUUCGCCCAAGACGCCUCGGAACGGCCAGUUUGAUGGCUCGGAUAUGGAUUAUGGCUCGUUCAAGGCGGCGGCUGCGGCUGCGGCUGCGGAGAGCGAGGCCCCAUUCUUGCAUCCCUAUGACGCGGCCAUGUCUCCCGUUAUCAGAAUGUCAAAACCGCCGUCAUCGGCAAGGUCUCCUCGCUCGUCAGUGUCAUACCAUUCUUGCCGGAACGCAGAUGAUUCUAUCUCCCUACGGCCUCCUUCUCGCGGCUCUCAUGGCUCUGCAACUACCGGCCAUGAAGACUCGGGCAGUUUUGGUGUCGUUCGUCUCGAGCCCGGGUCGCGCAAAUCUACCGCGAGCCUUGUAUCCUCGGGCAGCCGGAGGAGUUUAAAGAACCAGCUUGGCCUCUUCCGCCGUUCGUCGCGAGAUUCCACCCGGGCCAAGGAGCAACCCAUUGAUCGUCUCGGUGUAGAAGACGGACCGGGUCCUUCAAUCGCAAACUCCCAGAAUAACCGGUCUGUUUUACGGUCCGUUCGCUCCAUGGCUGACCUCGCGGAAGAAGCGAACGGGUCCAUCACCGAGUCCGGUGGUCAGAAGAAAAAGUCUGGAGACUUUCAGGACUCAAGGCGGGAAUCGGCUCCAAACCUGAAGCAGACCCACACCCACGAGCUCCCGGCUUGCCUCACCCCUGGUGGAAUUGGAAGCGGUAGAAGUAUUCCUACACGAGAGUCCUCAUUGCGUCACAGCUUUAACAGUCCCUCGUCGAAGAAGCGCCGCUCCGGCCGACACAGUGGAUAUUCUUUCAAAGAUGUGGCGGUUGAUAAGAAAAUUACGGAAGUCAACGCAGAGGCCGACCAGGUAACCCAGCGCAUCAAGGAGAUUAAGGACCACCAGCAGAAGAUCAAGGAUCGGAUGGUUGUCGAUGACAGAUUGCCUCCUCCGCCCCCGGAUAGCACAAAGCCCAAUAUCGCUCGACCGUCUGCUACUUCCGCUGCCGCCUCAGCUUCUUGCCCAUCAAUGCAGCUCGCCAAAGUGGAUGAACUCUUUCUUGACUUCGGCGACAGCGCACCCUCUCCCACCGUCAGCACUCGUAGGGCCCCCUCCGUGAGCAAACGGGGUGCGCCGCUUGCGCCAAAGACCGGAAACCUGCAAGCAACCUCUCCCACGAACCAGCGCUCAAGGCAUGACGACGGCCUCACCAAGAACGCGAAAGGGUCUGAUAUGAAGGGUCAUAGGAGGACAUACUCUGACUCCCCUUCAACAGCACCCCGGCCCUCCUCAGAUGCAAAUGCCAGACCAAGUAGCCCAGAUGUAAUUGAGGAAGCUGUGACAGCAUACAUCACCUCGCCCAAACUUACGCAGAAGGUACCUCACCCGCAGACCGGGCGUAUCAUCGCCUUUUCAGAAGUCGGAGAUCCCAACGGCCAUGUCGUCUUUUGCUGCGUCGGUAUGGGUUUGACCAGAUACCUUACGGCCUUUUACGAUGAGCUAGCUCGGACGCUGAAACUGCGGCUUAUAACCCCUGACCGGCCUGGAGUUGGAGAGAGUCAGCCCUGUCUAGACGGUACAGGGACUCCUUUGAACUGGCCGGGUAUGUAUUAUUGUAUCCUCUAUUUAACAUCCCGUUUUGAUGCUAACUACUUUUAUUUAGAUGACCUUGCGGUGAUAUGUAAACAUCUAAAAAUAUCAAAGUUCUCCAUGCUCGCGCACUCCGCUGGAGCCAUAUACGCUCUGGCCACCGCUUUGCGCAUGCCCCAGCAUAUCCGAGGUCGCAUCCACCUUCUUGCGCCUUGGAUACCGCCCUCUCAAAUGACCGGCAUGGGAUCACAUAAAGACCCGUUACCGGCCACCGCACUCCCUUACUCCCAACGGCUUUUGCGUGCGCUUCCUACUCCUAUCCUCAAAGUUGCAAACUCCAGGUUCAUGACCGCAACCAGUGCAAGUAUCACUAGCAGCCUCCCCAAAAGCUCACGCAAACCAAAACGCCGAAGCACUGUUGGCAGAGAAGCAACACCCAUACCUCCUGAAGUUGGCGGAACAACCACCGCCAGUGGCCAGGGCAAGAUCCCUACCUCCACGCCCCGCAAGCAACACCCUCCUCUCCCUACCCAAGAAGGGGCCGGCGCAGUAACAUCUAGCGCAUCAAGCGUCGCUGCCGGAGUUACUCCAGACAACGUCUCCAUAUCUGAACAAGAACGACGGACGGAGUAUGACAACCGCCUCACACAUGCAAUCUGGGAACUUGCAACAAGCUGCGCCAAUCCCGCCGUUGACCUGCUCAUUUGCCUCGAACGUAGACGGGCCAUUGGAUUCAGAUACGUCGACAUCAACCGUGCGGUCGUCAUACACCAUGGUUCCCGCGACACAAGAGUUCCUGUCGACAAUGUCCGGUGGCUAGGAAAGACGAUGCGCCGGUGCGAAGUUAGAAUUCUCGAGGGUGAGGGUCACGGGCUUAUGGCGUCUGCUACAGUGAUGGGCAAUGUCUUGAUGGAGGUUGCGAAGGAGUGGGAAGACUGGACAACUGUUGUUCAGGGCCGACGGGAUGGAAGGAAACCUACUGCGCAGUAG